UCCGUCGCUCCGGCAGUCUGGCUUUGGCCGCAGAAGGUGACGGACGUACAGAGGUGCUCGCUCAGUUUACCUGGAUGUCACUUGGGUAACGCGCCAGGAGCCGAUUCUUCUCGUUAUCGGAGGCACACAGGGGGCAUCCAGGCCGUUAUCCCGCACGAAGCGAGGAAAAGAAGACGGAGGAAGACCUUUUUUCACGGGAGCGCUUUGAUUCCCCUUUCUUUUGCACGUCCAUCUCUGCUGCCUCCACCAUGCAGAACCUCGACGCAACAGGCACCACGAUAGUCAUCACCAUCCUCCUGGAGGGGACGUAACAGCGCAUCAUCUUCACCACCCUCUCGAGACGUUCCUCUUCGCCUCCCCCACCACGCCGCACAUCCCCCAUUUCUCAUUUCGCCGUCGCCCGCCUGCGCACCCAGCUCGACGUCCAUACACAGUGAGGAAGAAAGGAGAGAUCAUCCCUUGAGAGAGAGAGAGAGAGAGAGAGAGAGAGAGAGAGAGAGAGAGAGAGAGAGAGAGAGAGAGAGAGAGAGAGAGAGAGAGAGAGAGAGAGACACGUCGGGAAGUUGCAUGACCCGCCGCCCAGCCGCCUCCUCCCCGCGCUGCCUGCUCCCGCCCCGUCGCCGUCGCCGCUGAGGAGGACCUUGGGACGCCCUUGGAGAUGUGCGGCGAAGUUGAUGCGUGGAAGAUCAAAACCGUCUUGGUUAGCAUCCUCGUCGCCGCGGCUUGUGCAGCCGACUGGAAGGAGGAUCUGUCCAACGAGUUGAGCAUCGGCGUGAGUGACAAGGGGUAUGCCCGAGCGGUUCUAGACUGCGAGGAUGACCACAUGGCCUUCGUCAUUACCAUGGAGGAGGACUUCGCUGGCGUGGUCUAUACGAGAGGCAGCUUCCACGCCCGCAAAGGACCCUGCUUCCUGGACGCCACGGCCGGCAAGGAGUUCGCGCUCAAGUUCAACUAUAAGGACUGUGGCACCAAAUACGACAGCGCGCUGGGUGGUCACGUGAACACCGUAGUUGUUCAGCAUGACGAUGACCUUAUCUUCCCGGGUGACCUCGCCUUCGCCCUCAGAUGCCAUGACCAGGUCACCGUCAGCGCGUCCAUGGAAGGGGUAAAGUCCAAGAUCACCCUCGUGGACCCGGAUCCCGGCGCCAAGGGGGACCCCAAGGACGAGCUCUCAGCCACCUCCUCGUCGCGGGUCGUGACCUUGAGUCCGGCCCGCCCAUCGCCGCCCAAGGAGGAGCUAUAGCGGAUCCUCAGGGGCACGGAGAGGUACCGACGGUCCUGCGGGCGGGCGUGAGGAUCCUGACGCGCGCUUUCGGGGAGAGAGGGUGGGCGUGGGGGUUGUGGGGAGGGAGUGGGGAGAGGGAGAAGUGGGGAGGGAGUGUCGGGAGCUUGGGGAAGGAGUGACUGCAGGUGCGGGGAGAGAGGUUGAGGAAGUGUGCGUGGGGAGGCAAAAAAAAAGAAGAGCAGAGGGGAGGAAGUGUGGGCAGAGCAACAGCCUCCCCGCCCGGCCCCUGAUCAUAGACUGACCAGUUGCCCCUUCAGUAGUGACGUGGAAGGGACGGUGGGUGGAUUCCUUCACUCUAUCCCCUCAUGCCACUGCCCCCGCCCCCCCCUUUAGAGUGGAAUGCACACGCGAGCGCUUCCCCGGGGUGUCCGUUGCAAGGGAGGAACUUAAGGGAAGUUGCAGAGUAUGAGUGUUGUUUUAUUUUGCAAGAUUGAUCUCAUAACAAAGUAGUGUUGGUGAGUGAGACUCCUUCCCCCCCAUUUUUGCUCGAUUUUUUUUUUCUUCAAGAAUUCUCUUUUGUCCGUUUCUUUCUUAUCGUCCUUCACUUCCUCCUCCUUUAUUCUCCGGUUCUUCUCUUCCUCACCUCCAGGAGGGGGAAAUCUAAAAAAUAAAAAAAGGGGGCAGUAAUUUAACAAAGCCAAAUAUUCUUGUGGUAUGAAAAGAAACCUCUGUUUAUCGUUCACUCCGUCUUUUUUGUUUUUUUUUUUGUACUGUACCAAAUUUAGAAAUUCUUCCCAUUUGCCAAAUGUUACGUGGAAAAAAAAAUAUAUAAUGACCUGGUGCUUUAAUGCCAAUAUAUUCCCUUUUCGUUUAUUAUCUUCACGAAUAUCUUUCCUCACCUGGUUUCUUCCUGGUUUCGAAUCGGGACAAGAAAACGAGAAGGUUUUCGAAGGGAGUUGAAUAUACUUCGUUAUUCGCAGCUGCAGAAUCCGCCAUUUUCUACGCGGGAGACCUUGAAGCCUCAAAAAAAAGUAGAAUUAUGAAGAAAUUGUCAUCUUCAAUCAAUUUUCAUUUUUAACCGAAAUAGAAGCAUCCCAGAUACUAUCUUUUCUAAAGGCGGAGGUGCCACUUGCUUGUUAUGGGUUGAUGUUUAUGUAAUAAGAGAGAGGUUAGUGAUGUUUUUGAUUUAACAAUGUUAUAUAAACAUUCACCCAAUUAUAUUCAGGUGCAUCUUCUGAAAAAAAAGUACAGGUUGACGCUGUUUUAUUUGUAAAAUACGAACGUGUCUAAACCUCACCAAUAUGAGAUCUAUUUUUUUUAUACCUUAUAUAACUCAUUUUGUAAUAUGAAAGGCUUCGGAAGAGGAAUUUUAUUUGUCCGUAGGCACAUUAUAAAGCUGAAAAAAUAACAAAGUUUAUCCUCUAAAGUCUCAACCAUUUUCUUUAACAUUCUCGUUUUCUGUAUUCUGAGAACAGUGACUGCUGUAUUUUGGAUUGUAUAUUGUCUUAAUUUAUUUCCGGUUGUCUGUGAAUUCACUUUUCAGUAUCUAAGUAGCAUGUACGAUACUUAAUCUGUGCUCUGUUUUUAUAUAUAUAUUUUUUGUCUGCCCUUAUUUUGCAUCUCACUUGUCUGCGGUUGCCAGAAUGUUGCGUUAAUCUGCUUGGCACAUGUACCUGAUUGGCAAAAGAAAAAAAAAAGAAAAAAAACCCUGGUCAGUACGAUGGUUUGCCCAAUUAAAUAUUUCUUCAGGUAUGUGCUACGAACGCACGUACGUGUUAUGUAUGUGUACACAAAAUUGUGAAUUGUGUAGAUAAAAAGUGCACACGGUUAUGAUGACUGUCACGUGAUAAGAAAUUGUAUUUAUGAUAGCCACCAUGAUGUUAAGACGCACACACACACACACACACACACACACACACACACACACACACACACACACACACACACACACACACACACACACACACACACACAACACACACACACACACACACACACACACACACACACACACUUAUUUACUCAUAUUUACAAGAUGCGGUGCGGGAGUGAAGUGUCCUGCAAAGCCUAGGCAAGCUGGGUAUUUUUUCAACCCGGAAGCAAAACGUAAAAUGAAGAAAAUAAAAAAAAAAAUAUUAAGAAAAAUUCGCUUGAGAAUUGUUAUAUAUUUUUUCAUUAAGGUUUUGUUCAUUCAAUGAACUAAAAUUUAGGAUAGGUUUUUGUAAUUUUUCAAUAAAACGAAAAGUAUGGAU